AUGUACCUCUGCUCCAAGCAGGCUGGCUCGUCGAGCGUGGUCGAGCUGACAACGGCAUCGGGCGAGACGUUGGAGCAGGUGCGGACAAGGCUCAAGCGGUCGCACUCGCAUCAGGGCAGCAUCCAGACGUGGUCGACACGCUCGUUCUGGGGACAGGCGCCGCGGUAUGCGACCUUGCUGCAGGAGCUUUUUGACACUCGGGCCGAGCGGACGCUGGCAGCGCUCGGCGACGCAGUGGACCCGUCCGACGCCGACGCGCUCGCCUCGGCACUGGUCAGCGUCGCGUCACACGCAGGACUCACGCUCUCGGUCAUCCAGACGAUGAUCGAGUCCGAGUUUGCGUCGCACGCUGAGUUUCCGUCGACCAUUCUCCGCGGCAACUCGCUGGCGUCCAAGAUGGCGACCAUCUACUGCAAGUCUGCGGGCAAGAGCUAUCUGCAAGCCAUCCUAGCGAGCACGGUUGAGGCUGUCAUCGAUGACAAGGAGCUUUUCCUGGAGAUUGACCCAAACAAGCUGCGCCGGGUGCAUGGUGGUGCGUCAGACGAGGAGCUCGCCGCGCUGCAGGCUGCGAACCAGGAGAAGCUGCUCGCGCUCUCGACCUCGGUCUUCAAUCGCAUUGUGGCGGCCGAGGCCGUGGAUGCCAUGCCUGCGCCGAUUCGCGCCAUUGCCAAGCACAUUGCCGACAUGGCCGACGCGUACCUGCCGGCCGAUGUGGCCGAGGGCGGCGUGAAGACCAGGCUCAUCGGCGGCUUCAUCAUGCUGCGAUUCUUCAACCCGGCGCUGGUCACGCCUGAAUCCUUUGAUGUGGUGUCUGAGGAUCGAGUGCCGGACCCGCGGGCGCGACGAAACCUUGUGCUUCUCACCAAAAUCCUGCAGAACGUGUCCAACCAGGUCUUGUUUGGCUCCAAAGAGCAGCACAUGGCCAUUCUCAACUCGUUCAUUGAUGACAACAUGGCGACCAUGGCUGCAUAUCUCAACAACGUCGUUGCGCUCGACGAUGCUGACGUGGCCCAGUGCUCGGCAUCGACGACACCGCGGUCGUGGGACGUGCACGUACUCGACUGCAACGAUUUGUUCACCCUCCACUACGUGCUGCUCAACAUGCUGCCCAACCUCACGUUUGGCUUUGAGUCCCAACCGCUUCUCGACGGCCCGCGGGACGACGUCAUGAACAGCGACGCCGUCGACGAUCCUUCUGCCGCUUGCGUGCCACAAGGCGUGGCAUCCAACAGGGUCGUCGCCGCCCUCGCCGCCGCCGAUGCCAAGCCUCGCCCGGUCAGCCUCGACCCUGAAGUGGCGUCCGAGUUUGAUUCGCUCCUGGAGCAAAUGGCAAGUAUUGGUGACUCGCUCGGCGACGUGAGCGCACUACCGUCGGGCACCGAGACUGCCGAUGCUUCCGCCGCCAACGCUGUCAACAACGACGACGAUGAUGCAUUGUCGCCGUCCGCGCCCGACGCCUCUGAGGCCGUGCGCGGGGCUACCGCAGGCCUGUCGGCACCGGCACCGGCGACGGCGCGUCGCACAAAACGGCGCGGACGGACGCGAUCCGAGGCAGCCGGUGACUCGCGGUUCCUCUCGGCAAUUAUGGACCUCGGCCCGCCACCAAUGGUGCGGCGUGCGUCGAAGCGGCACCGUGGGAUGUCUGCGUCGAGCUCGACAUCGUCGCUGGCGAGCGUAGGCUCGUCGACGCCUACGCUGGCGACGCCCGGGCGAAGCGCGGUGGAGGCGUCGACCGACAUGGCGGCGGCACGGUUUUUCUACAAGGGCCUUCCCAACAAGGAUGGCAUUCCGACGUACUAUCUCAUCAUGUGCCAGCUGAAGACGAUGUUCAUGGCGGACGCUGAGGCGCUCGCGCAGUUUGUGCGCGAGACGAUGGGAGCCGACAUCGACGCGCCAUACGCGCUAGUCAUCGACAUGUCGUGGGUCAAGGUCACGUUUGAGAUGAAGCGGCUGAUGUACAAGCAGCUCUCGACGUUUGCUGGCAUCUUUAACCGGCAGCAGAAAAAGAACUCGCGGGCGAUCUACCUCAUCCACCCGUCGUCGUUCACCUCGACCGUCCUCUACUUUGCGUCGCGGUUCACCUCGGCCAAGCUCCGCAAGAAGAUCCACGAGAUCUAUGAAUGGGAGGCGCUGCAUGAGUUCAUUGCACCGUCGGCUGUGGCGCUUCCGGAGAGCUCCAAGGCGUACCUGACCAAGGCGUAUGACGUGGUCAAGAUCAACGCCAAGGGUAAGGAGCAGAGUCGGCUCAUCAAAUUUACGCACAACUCGAUUCUCAACAUCGACCCCAAGACGCAGCGUAUCCGCAACGAGCGCAAGCUGGUGGAGAUGCUCGACGUUGUCGCGCCGCGUACCGAGCCCACUAUUGUGCUCCGGUUUGACACCGAGAGCCAGGACGAGUCGUCGUCGUCGGGCCUCGCCUCGACAUCGUUCCUCAACAAGUUCCGCCGCAACGAGGCCGACGCCGAGUUCCGCACCUACCGCUGCGCCUCGAUCGAGGAGCGCAACGAGGUUAUCUACGAGAUCUUUGAGCGCGGCUUCACCGCGCCGGCCUUUCCGCACGCCAACGAGUACGAGGUCCUCGAGCAAAAGGGCAGCUCCAAGCGCAACGCCCGAACGCUCAAGCUCACCAUCGACUCGAUCCUUACCAUUGCCAAGGGCCGCAUCAAGAAGGAGGUCUCGUUUGCCGGCAUCGAAGAAGUGUUUGUCGAUCCCAAGAACUGUACCCUCGUCUGGUUCAAGUGCAAGGGCGACAAGGUGCCGACCAAGCUGUACACCAACGACGCCGCCGCCUUUGUCGCUGCCGUCGAACAUUGCAUCCGCAAGAACCUCGCAGACGACUCCAAGCUGGCCCAGAACGAGAAGGAUGAGCUCAACGCGUACAUGGACGACGAAUGAGUGGAGAUGUAAAACGCACAUUGCCAGA